UUGCCAGGUUCAAUGAAUGCAAUUAACUCUAACAAUCCUAAAAACAUAACUCCUAGCAUCAAUUAUGCGAACAAUACUAGUUUUUCAGGAAAUGUGGAAAAUGGUUUGAUAAAAUCUGAAAACCCAUCUGCUGCUCAUUCAGGUCAACCAUCGACAAAUACGAAUAAGUCAAACCAAGAUGGUGAUGACUCGAAAGCAAGUUGUGUCAUUCCGGCUGAUGAAUGUUGGUUAUACAAACCACCAAAACAGUUUCAAACACAGGGUCCUAUUGAACCCAUUAGCAAGUGGCUGCGUUCUGUAUUUGAUUCACCAGACUCUUGUUUUUAUCAUUCUCGUCGAAAUCUCUUAUCUCGCCUUGAAGCAAUCAUUCUAGCAGGUGGACAAACUGAAGCAUACCAGUUCGGAGGUAGUGUACCAUCUCUGAACCUAAUACCUCCGGGAUAUUCAUCUCUUACGAACAGAGGGCGUGCGGAACAAUCCUCGUAUGAAUCCGAUGUAUCUACACGUAUGAUAACAGCUAGUUCAUCGGAUAGUCUUUCCUUUCCCAACCAAGCUAUCGGUGCAAACACUGCAAUAAACAGUGACCGUAUAAACGUUGGAACAUUUACACGGUCUCAUAAACCAAGAAUAAGCUUACCACCUCAGUGCAGUACAAGUAAAUCUACGAGAAAUGGACCUCAUAAUGCCUACUUGUCAAAUUCUACUGGCACUAACUUUACAUUCAAACCUCCUAACAAAACUGGGUCAUUUGAUGAAUUGGAGAUGACAUCGACAAAUACCAAUGUACAGGAGAUCGCUAAAAGACAAGAGGAUACAUUGAAAGCAGAAGUUGCUGCCUUAGCGGCAGCAGCAGCAGCUGCUGGUAAACAUGGUAGUCAGCAUUCCCUCUCUUCAUUAUGCCGAAACAGUCCACAUGGUAGUUAUACAAAUAUUGCUAGUGCACCAGAAAGUCCUCAUUCAAGCACAACUAAGUUAAACCAACCCCAGUCAAGUUCCCAGAACUUUUAUGCAAAACAAUCUUUAUCGUUUUCUCAAGAGUUUGAAGCCCAAGCUCCAAAUCAGAAAUCAAUACAAAAUUUCCAACCUAGUCACUUUUCAUCAAAUAGCCCUACUAGGAAAGAUUCAUUAACAAACCUUACUGUUCAUCCGUCAAGUGUAGCAAACAUCAAGCAAAACCCUUACAAAAUUUUGCCCCAAAAACCUAUUCUGGCUAAUAUUGUUCCAGAACUAGGGAAUGAUUCUAGACAGUCUCAGAAAGUUUCUGGAGUUUCAAUGUACUCAAAUGUAAAUCCUCCUACAGUGCCUACCACUAUGAAUUUAUAUAACCCGGUGACUGAAACACGCAGUCAUUUCGGUUUUCGGUCAUCACAAAAAAGUUCUGCUAUCCCACCUGGUAAAUCUCUUAAUCUAGAUUCAAGACGUACUUCUGAUGACUAUUAUCUACCUACUGGAAAUCAAUAACUGGAUCCUUUUUAGUCUAGAUUAUCUAGUCUUUAUAGUUUGAUAUCUUAACACUUACUUCCUUGACAGUCCUCUUUUCCACCGACUCCAACCAAUAGUAAGGCACCCAGUCAUUAUGAUUGUAACUUUAACCCUUUUGUUAAAAUUACUAAUCAGCAUUGUUGCCUUUGACAUUUUCACACUGUAUAAAAAGACUAUUCAAUUUCUAACUUUUAUUCAUAAAUGAUUUUCCUUUAAUUGCAUUUUCCAGUCUUAGUGGUUGUUUUUGGAAGGUGAGUAGCAUUUAAUCCUUGUUUUGUUCAUACAUACACUAUAACUGAAUCGCAGAAUGUUUGCUUCUUUAAAGACCUAUUCUUUUAAAGUCAAUUUUUAGUUCGUGUCAGCUAACACUAUUUGCCUUCUUGUUUAUCCUGCCAAUUUUCUGUGAUAUAUAGCUUACUUAACUUUGGACUUUACAUAUGUAUUUUAAAUAUCCUUUUCUUCUCUUUAAAUAAUAUUUUGAAUAAAUUUAAUGUAAAGUAUUUGUUUUUAAGUGUGUAUUUAUUUUCUAAUUUAUGUCGUGACUUUCUUGCUUACAACUCAUCUUGUAGUGAUUAUUUGUUAGUGAUGGAUUCCGUUGCAUCAGGUAAGUCUCAGUUAAGUUUCUAUAUUAUUAAUUUCUGCUGAUUCGCCCAACUGUUAGAAAUUUAUUUACAGGCAGUAAUUUUUAAAGGUUAAAAUAACUUGGUAACAGUUUCCCUAAAAAAUCUAAUGCGUGAUAAAAGUGCCCCACUGAAAUAAUUUUCCCUUUGUGCAAAAUCCAUUAAGAGUAUAAAUUCUUGACUGAACCAAUCAGUAGUAAAUCAUGUGACACAUUACUAUUGUGUCACCCAGUUGAAACCCAACACUUAACACUUCCUAUUUUCAACCGUUUCGUUAUGUAAUAUUAAUAAACACUGUCCAUUAUUAGGGAGCCACAACUUGAUGGAGACAUAAUAUCAGUCUGUAAAACAGUUUAUUGUGAACGCAAACUGUACGGGAAAGUGUAGACCACUUGACUGCGUACCUGUAGCUAUCAGUGGUAAAUGGUUGAAGUCUUAUUAGUAUGUCUGAAGAUCCAUCUUAGUAACUCAAAUAUACUCAUAUCGUAUCCUCAUUUUCAUAUAGUGUUAGAUUUCAUUAUUUGUUAUAUUCUGCUUUCUUAUAACUUUUGAAACUCAAGGUGAUGCUUAAAAAUUAUGUAUACAUCUCAGGGAAAUUGAAAUGAAUAAUUCUUACUUUCCGUUCGGUAAACUAUCAUUCCUAUACCGUAAAGAUAUAAGAAUCACUGCUCAGUAAUGCAAGAUUAGUAUUCCUGACGAAUAAACAACUGUUUAGAGGUGAAACUGUUGUAUUAUUGUCAAUAAACAUUUAUCUUCAAAGGUCGAACGUGUUUAGUAUGAUUUACCGCCUAUAUAUUUAAAAUCUUGUCCUUUGUAUAUAUACAGAAUUCUAUACGGUAUGCUUAUUUCUUCUCUUCAUUUGAACAAUUGUUUCAGGUGACGAAAGUAAUCAAACUGACAUUGAAACUUCAUACCAGGGGAUAAAAAAAGUUUUUGAGAAUUACGAAAAGUUUACUGGUCCUAAUGUUGACUUGAAUGAAUUAUAUUCGUCACAGCUUAAUUUAAGCCACAUUCGAGAGGAUUAUGAAACAAUUGAACGUGAAUUAUCAUUAAUUCAAGCAAACUGUCAACGUGCUCGAACUGCUCUUUUAGCUGCUGGAUU